UGUUUUCAUUCAACUGUGAGUAGUGGUUUCACUCUUUUUAAUUGAUCCACUUAUUGCAGUGAGACGCCGAGGUAUUACUGGCCCACCCUGUCCUUCCUGUUCACCAUCCAGGAGAUCAACCAGGAUCUCAGGCUCCUACCCAACAUCACUCUUGGCUACAACCUCUAUGAGAACUAUUUUGAUGCCAGGAUGACUUCAGAUGCCAUGCUAGAGCUGCUUGCAGGCAGCGGAAGAAACAUUCCCAAUUAUCACUGCGGAGAAGAGAAUCCCCUUCUGGCUGUCCUUGGAAGGAGUGAUUCUGACAUCUCAAAGGAGAUUUCCACCAUGUCAGGCAUCUACAAAAUCCCACAGCUCAGUUAUGGCUUCAGAGCCCAGGUUCUUGAAGAUAAAACACAGUUCCCUUUCCUCUACCAGAUGCUGCCCAAAGAAGAAAGUCAGUACCAGGGGAUCGUUGAGUUACUCCUCCAUUUCAGAUGGAACUGGAUUGGUCUCUUGGCUUCAGACAAUGACAGUGGAGAAAGGUUUGAGAGCAUUAUGACACCUCUGAUGAACAGAAGAGGGAUCUGCAUUGCCUUGUCAGAAAUAUUAACAGAAGAUGAUAUAUAUCAACAGAGGUACCCAAGUGAAGCUUUUUUCAACUGGAGACAAGUCGGGGUAUUUGUUUGCUAUGUAACUGAUACAGUGGGAAUCCUAAUAAUAAUACAGCUAUGUAUGUAUUAUGAGAUGGAAAUAGGGGCCAAAAUCUGGAUCACAACAGCUUUCCAGGACAUCAGCGCUAGCUUGGCUUUCCCUCCUCUGUACAUCCAGUACAUUCAUGGUUCUCUCUCUUUUGCAAUUAAGACCAGAAUAAGGAGUACCAAACAUGGUUAUGAUGAAUCACUGUCCAAUCUUCUUUUCUAUUUUUUGUGGGAAGCAUUUCACUGUUCAUAUUCCAAGCAUGUCUUAUCCCCAAAAGGCCGGAUAAGAUGCAGAGAGAAGGAGGAACGGAAGUCUUUGCCCCAAGGGGAGAUUGAGAGAGUCCUGUCUGCUGACAGCUAUGGCACUUACAUCAGUGUUCAAGCUGCAGCCCAGGCCUUGAAUGCUGCGUUUUCAUCUAGACCCCGGCGGAUGCUGAUGGUGGGAGAAGGAGCCGAAUGGGAACAAGGAAGACUUCAGCCAUGGCAGCUCCACCCUUUCUUAAAAGAAAUCCAGUGUUUGAAUACUUCCAGGGGCACAAUAUGUUUGGAUGAGAAUUGGGAGCUGCCUCCUGACUUUGAUAUUCUGAAUUGGGUGAUGUUUCACAAUGAGUCUCAUGCUCUAGUGAAGAUUGGCAGUAUAAGGAGAGAGGCAUCUACUGGCGUCAAGUUCACCAUCAACCCAGAAGCCAUUGAGUGGCCUGAGAAGUUUCACAAGGUAGGGGAUGUUACCGAGGAAGAAGGCUAGGAGAUCCUGCUCAUGCUCUUCCUGGAGCCUCUUUUGCCAAAUGACCUUAUAAGGGGGACCAAUGGUGUCCUUUCCACCCAGUUUCAGCUGCCAGCGCUGCUCCUUCUUGCCACAGCAGCUGAGAGGGGAGAGGAAUCUUGAAGCUCAAGAAUGUGCUAGCGCCCAGGCAUCCUGAGAAAAGGCAGACUAUGUUUCCCAGCCAGGUCCCUCUCAGUCCACCUGGGGAGGAAAGCCAGCAGCACCCAGCUCUCUUCUCUUCUCCACUUCUCCCUUCCUCCCUUCCUCUCCUUCCCACACCUUCCACACACCCCAGCAUCAAAGGAGGCUGGCUUUCUCUAACUCUUUCUCUAAGUCUUACACCCAGGCGUGUGCACCUUGUGGAUUGGCAUGUGGGACAUUAUCCGAAUCCUAAAGGUUGGCAAAACCACAUUAAAGCCCUGAACAGCCAAUUGGUACAAUAAAACCUCAAAUAUUUAAUACUUCUCUGUCUAGGACUGCCUUCUAAAAGUCAGCUAGUUGUUUAUUUCUUUGACAUCUGAUGGGAGGUUGUUCCACAUGGAAGUCACCACCAAUGAGAAGGCCCUCUGC